GUUACUACAGUAACGUUAGAGCAAUGGCAGAAGUGCAAGUGCUAAAUGUAGCUGUCCUGGACAACCCGAGUCCGUUUGGAAACCCGUUUCAAUUCGAAGUAACAUUUGAGUGCAUGGAGGAUCUUCCUGAAGAUCUCGAAUGGAAGAUUAUUUACGUGGGCUCAGCAGAAAGUGAAGAGUACGAUCAAACUCUUGACUCUGUCCUGGUUGGUCCAAUUCCUGCAGGCCGACAUAUGUUUGUGUUUCAGGCGGACGCUCCAAACACUGGCCUAAUACCUGAGAGUGAUGCUGUGGGUGUCACUGUUGUUCUGAUCACAUGCACAUACAGAGGACAGGAGUUUAUACGCAUCGGCUACUAUGUUAACAAUGAGUACACGGACACUGAGCUUCGUGAGAAUCCGCCCCUCAAACCUGACUAUGGACAGCUCCAGAGGAACAUUCUGGCUUCCAACCCACGUGUAACCAGAUUUCACAUCAACUGGGAGGGAUGUGCUGAGAAAAUGGAGGAUUCAGAGAACGUGGACCCUGCACCCAACGCCAUGCUGUCCCCAUCCUGCACACCGGGAAAAGCACCUCCACUCGGCCUGGUGCCGGACAACUCCAUGAACUGUUUGUAGUGACGCAGGCUCCUGUGAAUAAUCCUCACAUCUCAAGGCUCAUCCAUGAGCUCAGGUCAAUCUGGACACUGUGGAGGAGAGGCGGUAUUAUUCAAACACAUCAGGAAAAAAUAAAAAGUUUAUCUAAUUUUGACACAGUUGCCAAAUGUAUUUGAAACAAAUCAGUGGUGUGCAGCAUACGGCAAAUCCUCCAGUAUGCAAUAAACAUGUUUGCUUUUCAGUUUGAAACAUGAAUGGAGAGCUGAUGAGUCAUGAAUCUAAGACAUGAUUUG